GUUUAACCAACCAAAACUCAGAUCUCUCUCUCUCUCUCUCUCUCUCGUCUCCAGAUUCUACCCCAUCUCCCUCCUCCACCGCCACCACCAAAAAUGGCGAUCGCGGCGGUCAUAGCCGCCGUCAUCCUCUCUCUCCUCCUCUCCCCCACUACGGCCGAGAUCAAAAACCUAAAAAUCACCGCCGACGCCCGGUUCAUGAUCCUCUUGGAGAAGUUCGGAUUCACUCACACCGGUCACGCCUCCAUCGCCGUCGCCGGCGUCUCCGUCACCUCCACCCUCGCCCCCCCCGAUCCCUCCCGCCUCGGCUUCUUCCUCCUCUCCGAAGAAUCCCUCAUCCAAGUCCUGCCCGAGCUCCAACAAAACCCUAAUUUCUGCGUCCUCGAUUCCAAACACAUCACCUCCCUCUUCACCUUCCGCGAGCUCUCUCCACCUCCCCACUCCUCCUACAACAACUCCUACACCGUCACUUCCCCCAAUGAGUACAUUCUCUUCUUCUCCAAUUGCGCUCCCGAGAGCCAAGUCUCCAUGAAUGUCCACACCGAGCUCUACAAUCUCGACUAUGGCGUCAAGGACUUUCUCUCCGCUGGCCUCACUCACCUCCCAACCCUCUUUUUCCUCUUCUCCAUUACGUAUUUCGCCUUCCUAGGGUUUUGGAUUCACAUUUGUUAUAAAAACAAGCGAUCUGUUCAUCGGAUCCAUCUUUUGAUGUCUGUAUUGAUUUUGAUGAAGGCUUUGAAUCUGAUCUGUGCCGCGGAGGACAAGCAUUACGUCAAAGUCACCGGUACGCCUCACGGUUGGGAUGUCUUGUUCUAUAUCUUCCAGUUCAUUAGGGUUGUCUUGUUGUUUACUGUGAUUGUUUUGAUUGGGACUGGUUGGUCGUUUUUGAAACCCUUUUUGCAAGAGAAGGAGAAGAAGGUGUUGAUGAUUGUGAUUCCCCUUCAGGUUUUGGCUAAUGUGGCCUCGAUUGUGAUUGGUGAGACUGGGCCUUUUAUUAAAGAUUGGGUUACUUGGAAUCAGGUGUUUUUGUUCGUUGAUAUUGUGUGUUGUUGUGCUAUUAUUUUCCCGAUUGUGUGGUCGAUUAGGUCGCUGAGGGAAACUUCCAAGACCGAUGGGAAGGCUGCGAGGAACUUGGCAAAGUUGACUCUUUUUAGGCAGUUCUAUAUUGUGGUGAUUGGGUAUUUGUAUUUCACGAGGAUUGUUGUGUUUGCCCUCAAGACAAUUGCGGCUUAUAAGUACCUGUGGGUGAGUAAUGCUGCUGAGGAGAUCGCAAGUCUUGCGUUUUAUAUGGUGAUGUUUUAUAUGUUCAGGCCAGUUGAGGAGAAUGAGUACUUUGUUCUUGAUGAGGAGGAAGAAGAGGCAGCAGAGAUGGCGCUUCGGGAGGAAGAGUUUGAGCUUUGAAAGAGCAGAUUUGUUGAUCCUCUUCGUCCAUUUUGCUGCUCUUGGUGUUGCAUACUGUGAGUUGUUUAGUGAAUUACAAGUAGAUUUUCGGUUAAUGCGGCUUUACCCUUUUGUUUUUCUUGUCAUAAGACCGUAAGAUAUUCAAAAUAUAUCGAAUAGUUUUUUAUGUUUUUCUGUAUUUUACUGAUGGAACUUUGAUGUCAUUUUCUUGCUGAUGAUUGUACUUCUAAAACGUUACCUCACACAUUGUUAUUUCUGUCAAUUGUGGCUUUCCCUUAUUCAUUUUCUUCUUUC